AUGGGGAGGAAGAAGCGAAAAAUAAAUAUCGAACUGAAGCCUUUUUGCUAUUACUGUGAUAGAGAAUUCGAUGAUGAGAAGGUCCUCAUGCAGCAUCAGAAAGCGAAACAUUUUAAAUGUUUGCAAUGCAAUAGGAAACUAGACACAGCUAGCGGGUUAGUGAUCCACAUGAUGCAGGUACAUAAAACCAACAUAAAGACGGUACCCCAUGCUUUGCCUAAAAGAAACGACCCAGAAAUUAGCAUAAGAGGCAUGGAUGGAGUUCCACCUGAAAUAAUUGAAGAAAAUUUAAACAAAUUAAAACAAAAAUUAGGAGAUAAAAAUAUUAAAAGACAACAGAGAGUAAACUGGGCACAAGUUGCCAUGGCACCUACAAUGGAACAAUUCCUACAGCAAGCCCAGAUGGGAAAUUUGUCUUUCCCAGGAUUUAAUUCUCCAUUAUUACCAACAAGUAACUUAUCACCAAAUGCUCCCGUAGAUUCGAAGAAGAAAAACAUGCCUCCUAUGCCUUUAUUCUUACCUAAUAAUUUUAAUAUGAUGCUACCAGGUCUACCAGGUGCUAAUAUGUAUUCUCAAGUAAAUCAAAAUAAUGCUAAUAUGCCCACUCCACCUUUGCCUUCUGGUAUUACCCCACCUAAUGCUCCCUCAUCUGGCCCACUAGGAUUUCCACCAAACAUGCCAACACUUCCUCCGGGCUCUGCUCAGAAAUAUCCACCUAACAUGAACUUCCCAGGAUCCCCAUUUCCACAAAAUUUACCUCCAAAUAUGUUCCAGGCACUACCUCAUACGAUGUAUAUGCCACCUGGGCUUGGCCAACCACCAGUCCCUCCUUCAGCCCCACCUAUGAUGUCGCCCGCAAUGCCACCGUCUGCACCACCAGGGAUGCCCCCACACCAUCCCGCGAACCCAAAUGACGUAGACCAAAAGUUAGAAGCAGGUGCACCAGCUGGGGGAAAUUCAGACACGAAAAAUCAAAACAAUCAUGUUAAUAAUAAAAAUGGAGAAAUAAACAACCAGGAAUAA